AUGGGUAAAAAUAACAACAAAAAUACAAAGAAUCUUCACCAGGUUGUCAACACACAAUUAAAAAACAAACCCUCCUUAAAAUGGCGUUUAAUUAAUAAAGAAGCCAACUUCUUCGAUAAGGCAUUUGAAGAAAACUUAUUAAAUUUCCAAAAAAUGUCCUUAAAUGAAGAUGAUUAUUCAUCAAAAAAAGAAGACCAUGUAGAAGAAAAAAUUAUACGAAAACGUAAAAAAUUUAAAAAAAAAAGAAAGAAGCGAAAGGUUAAGGGCAAACCGAGGAAGAUCUUUCACAAACCAAAAAAAGGAAAAUUCACAAGAGGGUGA